CAUUCCAUUCUCCGUCUUCCCUAAAAGGUUCCGCCAAAGCGGAGCUCUCUUCUUCAUAAAAGGCCACCCACCCACUCAGUGCCCUUAUAAUCUCUGGGAAGUUCUUUCCCCCUAACGGUGCCUCGUUCCAGUUCCUGAAGGCAGCAGAGCGGAUUGAAGUUUUAUUUCCUCCAAUGGCUGAAGAGGAAGAGGUCACUUACGAGGAAGAGGAGGAGGAAGAAUGUGUGGAGGAGGAAACAGAAGAAACCGUAGCCGAGGCAGAAAUGGAGCCGGAACCUCCCAUCGUGAAGCCCCCCAAGCCUGCCCCUCGGGCUCCUCCCCCGGCAGCUGUCCCUCCUCCUCUCCGUAGAAAAUCUUCUGCUAAUUAUCGAGCCUACGCUGUGGAGCCGCAUGAUAAGAGAAAAUCGAAGAUAACGGCUUCUCGGAAAUUACAGCUCAAGGCACUGAUGCUUCAGGUGGCGAAGCAGGAAAUGGAAAAGGAAGCCGAAGAGGGUGUACGGGAGAAAGAGCAGUACCUCGCCGAGCACUGCACUCCCCUAGACUGGACAGGCCUGGAUCUCGCAGGGUUGCAGGAGCUAUGCCGAGAGCUGCAUGCACGGGUUGCCAAGGUGGACGAGGAACGCUAUGAUAUGGAGGCCCGGGUCAACAAGAGCAUCAACGAGGUCCAAGAUUUGACCCAGAAGAUCUUCGACCUGCGAGGCAAAUUCAAACGCCCGGCUCUUCGCCGCGUGCGUCUCUCGGCCGAUGCCAUGAUGCAGGCCCUCCUGGGCGCCAAACACAAAGUCUCCAUGGAUCUGCGGGCCAACUUGAAACAGGUCAAGAAAGACGACACGGAGAAGGAGAAUCGCGAGGUGGGUGACUGGAGGAAGAACAUUGAUGCACUGAGUGGCAUGGAAGGGCGCAAGAAGAAAUUUGAGGCCUCCACUGCAGGGCAAGCCUGAGUCUUGAGGUGAGGGAAACAGCCGUCCCGUGUGAAUUAUGGAUGGAGGAUACUAUGCUAGGGACAGUGAGGGUCACAACUGCUGAAGUGAAUAGAUUCUGUCUGUAGAAAUUCCCUUCCUCCCCAGGAACUGGAAAAUCUUCACCACGGAUAAAGUCUCCUCAUAGCUUAAAGCAGGGGUCUCCAAACUAUGGCCCUCCAGAUGUUCAUAGACUACAAUUCCCAUGAGCCCUACCACUUGGCCAUGCUGGCAGGGGCUGAUGGGAAUUGUAGUCCAUGAACAUCUGGAGGGCCAUAGUUUGGAGACCCCUGGCUUAAAGCAACAACCACCCAAUCACAGUGUGUGAUCGACACGGCUUCCAAUCUUAAUCUACAUAGAUUCUAUCAAGACUGUCUGGGAAGAAGAAGACUUUAUUGACAGUCAAUGACCAAAUAUAUUACAAAUCUCCAAAAUAUCUACAACAAAACAAGAAUGCAGAUCUCUCUCCCGUAUUCCAGCACUAUCCAUCUAUAU